AUGGCUCUGGGCUGGCCCUGGAGGAUGCCGUUGCGCGCUGUACAGAAGUCCUCAGUGGCUCCUCGGGUAACGGCACAGACAUCACGAAGAGCUGGGAGCACAAUACUAUCCACACAAGGCCAACGCCAGCAUUCGACAGUCUCGGCUGCGUCGCCCUCUGCUUCCUCCGUCUCGCCCUCGGAGGUAUCACAUUUCUCUCGCCUAGCAUCGUCAUGGUGGGAUCCUCACGGCCCUUCGAGGCUAUUACACCUGAUGAACCCUCUCCGACAUGAUUUCAUCCGGUCAUGUAUCGAUUCCACCUCCGCCUCCUUCUCCUUCUCCAAUUCCACUUCCCCAGUAGCAGCACCCGGACAAGGACUAGGACAAGGACAAGGACAAGGACAAGGACAAGGACAAGGACAAGGACAAGGACAAGAGACCACAUCCCGAUCUUCGACAUACAGCUAUCUAGACAUCGGCUGCGGCGGAGGCAUCUUCGCCUCCUCUGCCGCACGGCUCCCAUCCACAUCAACCGUGACCGCGAUCGACCCGACCGAACUGGUGAUCGAAGUCGCCCGAUCGCAACAACGCACUGACCCAGCCAUCUCCGCCCCGAAACUACAGUACCUGAACUGUGCGAUUGAAGAUCUCCUCACGCCGCCUGAGGACAAAGACAAAGUCGACAUCCUGACGGUAUUCGAAGUCCUCGAACACAUCGACUCUCCGUCAUCUUUCCUCGACCUUGCCAUCCCGCACGUCAAGCCUGGUGGCUGGAUCUUCGGGUCGACCAUCUCCCGCUCUCUCACGGCGUUUUUGACCACAAAACUGAUCGCAGAGGCUCCGCUGGUUGGCGUCGUGCCUGCCGGGACGCACGAUUGGAAUAAAUACAUCAAUCCGUCCGAGUUGCGCCAGUACUUCGAGACCCGGGCGCCGGGGGUCUGGGGUGGGUUUCAGACCCAGGGCGUGGUCUAUCUCCCCGCGCUGGGCUGGAGGUUUGUCAAUAAUAGCGAGGACUUUGGCAAUUAUUUCUUCGGUGUCCAGAAGCUUGGACGAGCGGACGCUACUGACUAG